AGCCACUUAUUUUCGUGCAAAUGACAUACUUUGUACGAUAUUUCGCACGAAUUAUUCCUAGAUUCGCACCAUUUACAGAACUAGCGUGAAAAUGUGGGUACAACAAGGGAUUUGGCCGCCGUAAACACGCUUCCGAUCGAGUGCUACAAUUUUCGUUAAUUUUGUCACGGCGGCAAGCACUCCCCUUUAGUAAAUUGUAAAUAAUUGUAAAUUAAGCACCAGGCAACGAAGUGCCAGCACGAAAGGAUGCUUUACUUGGAAGAUUAUGUCGAAAUGAUCGAGCAUCUACCACAAGAGUUAAGAGACCGAUUCACAGAAAUGAGAGAAAUGGACUUAGGUGUACAAAAUUCAAUGGACAGUUUAGAAAAAAAAGUAAAGACCUUCUUUUCGAACGCGAAGAAAAUGAAACCUAGCGAAAAGGAAGCAGAAUACGAAGCCAUUAGAAGAGAGUAUUACAAGACUUUAGAGGAUGCGGACGAAAAGGUGCACUUAGCUAAUCAGAUGUACGACUUAGUAGAUAGAUAUUUGAGGAGAUUAGAUCAGGAACUGCACAAAUUUAAAAUGGAACUAGAGGCAGAUAAUAAAGGUAUCACGGAAAUAUUGGAGAAAAGGUCACUGGAAUUAGAUCAACCGCCGACGAAUAGUAGUCAAAAAGAGAAUCGGUAUAGUUUUACAACAUCCAGUAGGUCACGAGACAAUCACAGUCAUUCUCGGGCAGAAAAAAGAAGAGAUUCAAACGCAUCCUCUACUUCGAUAGAAAAACGGUUAGCUAUAGAAAAAAUUUCACCGAGUCUUCCUGAAUCGCGACCAGCUUCUGCAAAUUCAGGACCAAUUAUUGCCGCUACAAGCGUGCCAUCAACCCCUAAUGCCAUUGCAAACUCUGUUGGCUCCGUAAGUUAUAACCUUGGUCACAUAGGAGCUGGUGGAAACGCCAUAGCAGCUGCAGCAUCCCAGGCGAUUGCCGCAACGCAACAAAUGCAACAAGGCAGACGUACCGCCAGCUUGAAAGCCAGUUACGAGGCGAUCAACACUGGCGGUGUACACGCGGCUGAAUUUAGUAGAGAAUUAGCUGGUGCUGCUCAAACGGCUAUUGCAGCUAUACAAGAGACAACUAAAAAGCAUAAAAAAAAAGUAACGACCGCUGUCCCAAGUUCGAGCGUAGUUGCUGCUUCUGUUCAGCAACCAGUAUCACCCCCAGUCAUAACUACGAAUACACAAGUUGUGGAUACGGAUAAUCCAGAUUGGACAUACGAUCCAAACGAGCCAAGAUAUUGUAUAUGUAAUCAAGUAUCGUACGGAGAUAUGGUCGCGUGUGACAAUUCAGAUUGUCCAUUUGAAUGGUUUCAUUAUCCAUGUGUGGGUAUCACUGCGCCGCCAAAAGGCAAGUGGUACUGUCCUCAAUGUACAUCUUCUAUGAAGAGACGCGGAGGACGGAAAAACUGAUUCUACUAUAAUCAGUGCAAAUACAAUGAAAAAAAAUUGCUACUACCUCUUAGGCACUGUCCGUCAAGUACCAACUUAGUUAGGAAGCUGUUAAUUCUGAUUUUAUAUGACUUUUUAAAUGUGUUUAAAGUUUAAGUCGUAAUUUUAUCUGGUCUUGGUCUUGUCUCAUGAAAUUUAAAUUUUCUGUUUUUCUAAAGCAGAAGAAUGCAGUUUUUUUUACUGCGUUUUGUAGAUAAAAAAAAAAAAAAUACAACAAAAGGUGAGAUGGUGCAAAAAGUGAGCUUUGAACAAAUUUCGUUUUAAGAAGUUCUGCGUACAAGUAACUGCAAAUAUUUUUAUAUUUUUUGCACCAUUCUGUACUACGACCACAUUAGAUAGUUUCUACGAAUUUACAUUGAAAGGUAAUCAUCUUUCCCUCUGGAUACGAUACAAUCGAUUGACUGAUACCCAGAGGCAAUUCCCCACGGUGAAUUUUCGAAAUUUACGUUUCUAGUUUACAUGACGUCAGACAACUUUCGAACAAUCUUCGUGUAUUUACGUACUCCUGUUAGUUCAGACGUGCUUAGUGUCUCGCUGACGACUGUGCGAGCAGUAAUGUUUCAAGUGUUCCACGCUUUCAGGAAAGAAAAAGUAAAGACAAAAAAAAAAAGCUGAUACAAACGAAUCGAGAAAAUACUACUUUCGAAACGGAGUAAUGUAGCUACUUGGUGUAUAAAUAAAAUGAUCG